UAUGGGCAGUGCGUGUUUCGGUCAAGUGUCCAGGCGUCUGGGGAGGCUGUUACGGCGCCUGCCUAAGUCUCGCUCCUGGAGUGACGGACUACGGAUGCUCCGCAGAACCAGCUCCAAUGGAUCACUCAUCAACACUUCCUCAGACUGCAACUACACCUGUCACCAGGAGUGUGAGGGCCGGGUCCAGCUGGACUGCAACCAGAGAGACAGCAACCUACAGGAAACUCCAUCUCCCAGAAGACACUGCUCCACGCCUCCUCAGUACAAGCAGAAUGAGGUCAAAGAGGAAGAGGAGGGAGGGCCCAAGGCUCUGUCAGAGGAAGAGUUGCGGGCCAGGAUAGAGGACUUCAACUCUACGGUCUCAGAGAAUGGCAUGAAACUGGGUGCUGAUGGUUUGUACACUGGCUUCAUUAAGGUCCACCUCAGACUAAGUCGACCAGUCACGGUGCUCGCUGUGGAGGGGGCGGGAUUAGACGGACAGGCGUGCCAGGUGGAAAGACACGGUCGGCCAAUGAUGGUGUCAGAGGGCCAGGAGGGGGAAGGAGCAGGGUUAGUGAGAAGCGGACGUCGUUCUACCUGCCCAGUGAUUGUGUGAAGCAGAUCCACAUCAGUAGUACUACCACGGUUAAGGAGGUCAUACAGGGCCUGCUGAAGAAGUUUAUGGUGCUGGAUAAC